AUGUUUAAUUACGAAUCACUUGUAUUCAUAUUGACAAAUCAUGACAAGGAAAAAACAGCAAUCAUAAUAGAUGAAGAAUUCAAUACAUCUGAAUAUGACGUUUUUAGAUAUGUGGUAUUUUGGGCCUUGAGCCAAUUAAAAACAAACGGAAAUUUUUCCAUGAAAUAUUUUGAAGUGCUUUUACCAAUUUUAAAUUAUGCUGAAAACCUGGAUUUACAAGAUUUGGUUGAAUUAAAAAAAUUACAACAAGAUUUCAAAAAUAAUAUUUCAGAAAACAUCAACAAAAAAAUUCUUAUGCUGAUAAACCCUUUAUUAUUAAAAAUAGAUUUCAAAUUAAUUCAUCCUUCAAUUAUAAUAAAUAUUAUUGAACCAUUAGAAAUUAUUCCAAAACAUCGUUUAAUCGAUGCCUAUAAAUAUCAAGUUGAACUACCAUCAGGUUUCAUUCCAAAAAGAAACAGAGGAGUAAUAUUCGCAAAACCUAAAGAUUUGCUCUUGGAAUGGGAUCAAAAGGUUCACGGUAAAAAUAUUAUAUUGUCAGAAAAUAAUAAAGUGGUUACAAGCAUUGGUGAUAAAUUGGAAUUUGCUAGAUCAAAAUUAACAAGUUUUCAUGGGAGUGGUUAUGAUAUUUAUGAAUGGGAUAUUUUGAUAGAAGAAGAUUGUAAAAACAAUAUAUGGAUAGGUGUCCACUCUGAUCAAUACAACAAUCAUAAUAAUUCAAACAAGAAUUGUGAAAAAUGUCUGAAAAAUACAAAACAUGCUUGGGUUUUUGGUUCAAAUGGUUUAUUAUAUCAUAAUGGAAAAUCAAGGAAAUAUGGCACAAAAUAUGGUAAAGAUGACAGGAUUACCAUCCAUUUAAAUAUGUUUAGAAAAUCUUUAUCUUUUUCGAUUAAUGGUCGGCGGUUUGGAGAAGCUUGGUCAAAUUUAUCACCUAUACUUCAACCUGUAGUGUCUAUCAAAAAGCCUGCUAAAAUAAGAAUAGAUUACAAAAAAAAUUUCAAUGAAAAUGAUUAUGAUGACAAUACUACCGAGUAUGACAUUGAUGAUUUUAUUAUUGUUAGCAGCUAUGAGUAG